AUGAAGCUGGUGAUUGUGUGUAUUGGACUCCUUGGAUUGCUCCAGGGUUCUACCUUUGCUGACUCUAAUAUCAGCGUCAGUGAUGACAACAACGUCGGUGGCGGUGGUGCGCAGCAGACAGUGAGUGUUAACCACAGCCACAAUGUAGCCAAUAUUGAUAAUGACAAGGGAUGGGAGUCUUGGCACUCACUCUGGGACUACAACACCGGCUUUGCAGCAACUAGGAUCUUUGCCAAGAAAACCUGCAUCGUGUACAGGCUGAACAGAGAUGUUGUGCCUGGCCUUCAGGACCUUGAGAAGACAGCAAAAGAAAAGAGGGCAAAUGUACAUACUGGACCUUCCCCCAAAAGUCUGCACUAUCAAAUUGAACCUGAGGAAGUAAAAAAUCUGACUCAAUUUGGAACUCCUAUUGAAAACAUGUGCAAGGGACUUCGUACAUACAAAGCUCAGGAAGUACAAGGACAAAGCUUCUCAUUCUUUAGUGGCUCAUGCUUCAACGCUGAUCUCCUCUGGCUUGUGAACAUCUCAAUUUGUGGAGAGGCAACAACUGUGUGAAGAAACCGCUAAAGACCCACCAGUCAUGGCGUGAU